AUGUCAACCGCCGCCGACCGAAUCGCUGCUAUUUCCAGAGCACUCUCUGACGAUAUAUAUACUGUCUCAUCAGCUCCCAUCAAUACGAAAGAUCAAUACAGGCAUCUAAUCGGAAAGCACAUUUCAAACUUGCGGACUCCAUGCUUGUUAGUGGAUAAGAACAAGACGAUCGAUAAUAUCAAACGUGUCAAUGAGGCUGCAACCGCUCUUGGAUUGGAUUUCAGGCCACAUGCAAAGACCCAUAAAACAUUAGAGAUUGGACUGCUUCAGUGUGAAUCUGGUCCUAAAUCUCUGAUUGUGUCCACCAUCCCUGAAGCUAGAUUGUAUGCUCUCACUGGAAAGUUCAGAGAGAUAACCUACGCAGUUGCAUUGUCGCUUGACAAGAUCAAGGAGAUUCAUGGCUUGUCGAAGUGGGUUGAUAAGCUCCACGUUUUUGUGGACAACCAUGCUAUAAUAGACAGUUUGGAGGAAUAUGCAAAGAAGCAUCAUACUCGGUUUUGUGCCUUUCUCAAAGUAGACGCUGGCUACCAUCGUGCUGGAGUGCCUCAUGCAGUAUCAGAAGCACUACCAUUUGCAAAGCGACUACAUGAGUCCAAGUACAUUGACUUUUCGGGCUUGUACUCGCACUCGGGGCACACGUAUAAUACACAGACCCCUGUUGAAACCUUGAAGAUCGCCGAUGAGGAAAUAACAAAUCAAGUGACACUCGCUCGUGGGCUUGUUGCUGCUGGAAUACCCGUUCCAUUGAUUUCGGUUGGAUCAACGCCAAGUGCUGAAGUAUUGGAGCUGCAAGCUAAAGCCAGGGUUCGUCCAUCGUAUUUACAGCCUGGUGAUAGCUUCAAGCUUGAAGUUCAUGCUGGCAAUUAUGUAUGGAAUGACAGACAGCAAUGCGACGUCGGUAUAAUAGGCAUUGAAAGAGUCGCCAUGACAGUUUUAGCAAGAGUCUUGUCACACUAUCCAGAUCGUGGAACCAUGCUUGUUGAUGCUGGAUCAUUAGCUUUGAGUACAGAUAGGGCAAGAAGGGGUGGAUUUGGAGAGCUCAUGGGUAGACCUGACUUGAAGCUACAAAAAGUGUCUCAAGAAGUGGGAAUCAUUCAUGUCAGUUCUCCAGCAGAUUUCAAGGAGUAUCCGAUUGGAAGCUUGGUUCGCAUACUUCCAAACCAUGCUUGUCUUACAGCUGCAUGUCAUGACUUUUAUGCUGUGUUGGAAGGUGACAUUGUUCAAGACAUCUAUGUUCCUUGUAGAGGAUGGUAA